AUGGCAUACCAGCCAUCCCGCAGUCCUUUUGCGCCCGCGCAGCAAGAAAGCUUCUACCAGAACUCACGAAACGGGCUGCGCGGCUACGGGCUAUCGAACCAACCGAUUCCCCUAUCGAAUAAAGUGAACGGCUAUUUCGAGAAAGACCGCACUCUACCCUUGUACAAAGACAAGCCAUUCUUCCAGCCGCGGCGCACAGGUCCGCGGAGAAGAUGGAGGCCAUUCUGUUACAUUCUGCUGGGAUGUAGCAUGGUGUUUUUAUUGUACUAUAACUUCUAUCUUACCACGUGGUCAGGCCUCCAGUCUAAUGACAGGGGGGUGGAACUGUGGAAAUGGGCGCAGACAUUGGAGGAUGAGAAAUCUUCAGAAUCGUCCGAUUGGGCCGAGAGACGAGAGAAAGUGCGGGACGCCUUCAUCGUCAGUUGGGAAGGCUACGAGCAGAACGCAUGGGGAUAUGACCAGUACCGGCCUGUAUCAAAUGUGAAUCAGGAAUCAACGAGCGGCGGAUUGGGCUGGAUGAUUGUGGAUUCGCUGGACACAUUGAUGAUCAUGAAUCUAACAUCGAAGGUUCACCGUGCCCGACAAUGGAUUUCGACAUCAUUGCAGUAUGACCAAGAUCGCGAGGUCAAUACGUUUGAGACAAGUAUUCGUAUGCUUGGUGGCUUAUUGUCUGCGCAUCAUUUGUCGACCCAGUACCCUAACCUGGCACCGCUCAAUGACGACGAUGUCGGCGCUGCUGGCGAAGACUUGUACAUUGAAAAAGCGGCAGAUUUAGCUGAGAGACUACUGGGGGCUUUCGAUUCCCCGAGUGGCAUCCCGUGGUCGAAUGUCAAUCUCAACACAUCCGAGGGUGUGGUUGUUCAUUUCGAUGAAGGAGCUACACCCAUUUCCGAGGCAGGCUCUUUGCAGCUUGAGUUCAAGUACUUGGCUAAGUUAACCGGUGAAGCUGAAUAUUGGGAAAAGGUGGAAAAGACUAUGCAGUUGGUUGAUCUGCAGCAGCCCCAAGAUGGUCUUGUGCGAAGCGCUAUUCAUCCCGACACCGGUCAUUUCAAAGGAGACAGCAUCAGCCUGGGUAACAAGGCAGACUCUUACUAUGAAUAUCUCAUCAAGCAGUACCUGCAAACCUCACAAACGGAGCCCAUCUACAAGGAGAUGUGGGAUGAGGCCCUGCAAGGAAUCCGCAAGCACCUGAUCUCCUUCACCAAGAACUCCCAGCUAAUGGUCCUCGGUGAACGACCACAAGGCCUAGACCAGGAACUCUCCCCUCGGAUGGAUCACCUUGUCUGCUUCAUGCCGGGGACAAUUGCCCUCGGUGCAACCGGCGGCCAGCCAUUAUCAAAGGCUCGAAAGACAACAGACUGGUCUCAACAGCGUGAGGAAGAAAUCCUCAUUGCUCGCGAACUGAUGAAAACCUGUUGGGCGAUGCAUCAGGCCACGGCAACCGGUCUCGCAGCUGAGAUCUCAUACUUCGUCCUGGACGACCCACCCCUGACAAUGGCCGAUAAAUAUCCUGCCCUGGCCAAAUCAAAGCCCGAAAUUCUGCGUGGCAUCUCCAAACCCCUCGAGCCCCAACGCGAUGGCUCAGAAUCCUGGCGCUCAGACAUUGAUAUUCGUCGAAACGACCGCCACAACCUUCAGCGACCUGAGACAAUCGAAUCGCUUGUCUACAUGUACCGGAUCACUGGUGAUGAAAUCUACCGCGAAUGGGGCUGGGAAAUCUUUAAAUCCUUCAUCCGUCAUACGGCUGUAGUGGAGAAGAAGAGUGUUUCCCGUCUCCCAACAUCCACAGCCAAAGAGCCAGUCCUCCGCAUCAAGGGCUUUACAUCACUCGGAAAUGCGGAUGCAGUGCCUCCCUACAAGCGUGACAACAUGGAGAGUUAUUGGAUGGCCGAGACGCUGAAGUAUUUCUACUUGUUGUUCUCGGAUAAGGAGUUCAUUUCUUUGGAAGACCACGUCUUCAACACAGAAGCCCACCCAUUCCCACGAUUCAAGCCUUCUGGUGAGCUCAAAACCGGGUGGGAGAGGAAACCGAAGACUUAA